GGAAGUUGCUGUAAAAUGUCGUGAGGGGCGCUGCCGCUUUACGGCUGCCUCUCCCAGGCUAGAUCCCGGGAGCGCCCACCGCCGUCAGCCCUGUUUCUAAGAGUCGGCCCGGCGGAGACGGAGAGACCCGGCGCGCUGCUCCCCUCCCCGCCGCGCCCGUGCCGGCCCCCGGCGAUGUGAGCUCGAGGAGGCUGCGGUGCCCCCUGGCCCGGGGUUGAGACGGGCGGCAGGUGCCUGUGAGGCGGGCGGGUGCUGGGGGCCUGCAGGAUGGAGGAAAGCAUGGAAGAGGAGGAGUGGGGCAGCUACGUGGCGAUGAUGGACGACCAGAACCACAACAACUGGGAGGCCGCGGUGGACGGCUUCCGGCAGCCCCAGCCACCGCCGCCGCCCCCCUCGUCGAUCCCAGCCCCUGCGCGAGAGCCGCCGGGGGGGCAGCUGCUGGCGGUGCCCGCCGCCUCGGUGGACAGGAAAGGCCCCAAGGAGGGGCUCUCGAUGGGGCCGCCACCACCGCCAGAGGCCAAUGGGGUGAUCAUGAUGUUGAAGAGCUGCGACACGGCCGCCGCUGUGGCCAAGGCGGCCCCCGCCCCCACCCCCAGCUCCACCAUCAACAUCAACACCUCCACCUCCAAGUUCUUAAUGAAUGUUAUAACUAUUGAAGAUUAUAAGAGCACAUACUGGCCAAAAUUGGAUGGUGCCAUAGAUCAGCUUUUAACCCAGAGUCCUGGUGACUAUAUCCCCAUAUCCUAUGAACAGAUAUACAGUUGUGUGUAUAAAUGUGUCUGCCAGCAGCACUCAGAACAGAUGUACAGUGAUCUGAUUAAGAAGAUAACUAAUCACCUAGAGCGAGUCUCAAAGGAGCUGCAGGCCAGCCCUCCAGAUCUCUAUAUUGAAAGAUUUAAUAUAGCUCUUGGACAGUAUAUGGGAGCAUUGCAGAGCAUUGUGCCUCUUUUCAUAUAUAUGAAUAAGUUUUACAUCGAAACCAAGCUUAACAGAGACCUAAAAGAUGACCUUAUAAAGCUGUUUACGGAACAUGUUGCAGAAAAGCACAUUUACAGCCUAAUGCCUUUACUUUUAGAAGCCCAGUCAACACCAUUUCAGGUCACACCUUCAACUAUGGCAAAUAUUGUGAAAGGCCUGUAUACUCUCAGACCAGAAUGGGUUCAGAUGGCUCCAACUCUGUUUUCUAAAUUUAUUCCAAACAUUCUCCCUCCGGCUGUGGAAUCUGAACUUUCUGAAUAUGCUGCUGAAGAUCAGAAACUUCAAAGAGAACUUAUACAGAAUGGUUUUACGAGAGGUGACCAGUCCCGGAAAAGAGCUGGGGAUGAGUUGGCUUAUAACAGCUCAUCAGCAUGUGCAAGUUCCAGAGGGUACAGAUAGUGAAUGUAUUGAAUGUACUUUCCUUCCCGAAAAGAGGACACACUGGAGCUGCAGAGACUGUAUUCGGAGCACAGCGGGGGGUCCUGCAGACACUCAGGAGCUCUGUCACAAAGUUGUUCUUGGAAGAGGAUGUUGGACUUCUUACUUUGGUUUGUAAUUUUAAAA